GCCACGCCUCUGCGUGAGGAAUGUCACAGUCAGACUGAGGCAAGUACGAGCCGGAGAGACCUCGCGUCCUUAAGCGUUAGUGUUCCAGCCGGGAUACAUGUGAGCAUGGCGUACCACAACCAGUACAGAGCUCCUCAGUACAGCGCCGGGCCGCCGGAUCAAGCGUUUCUGUGGAAUAUCUUUCAGAGGGUGGACAAAGACAGGAGCGGAUCAAUCUCAGAUACGGAGCUUCAGCAAGCUCUAUCAAAUGGCACAUGGACACCAUUCAAUCCUGUGACUGUCAGAUCAAUUAUAGCUAUGUUCGACAGAGACAACAAAGGCGGAGUGAACUUUAACGAGUUUGCUGGUGUGUGGAAGUACAUCACAGACUGGCAGAACAUCUUUCGCACUUACGACCGUGAUAACUCAGGGUUCAUUGACAAGAACGAGCUGAAACAGGCUCUCACUGGCUUUGGGUAUCGUCUCUCAGAUCAGUUCUACAACACGCUGAUAGAGAAGUUUGACCGGCAGAGGAAAGGACAGGUAGCUUUCGAUGACUUCAUACAGUGCUGCAUUGUACUACAGAGGUUAACUGACGUCUUCAGGCGAUAUGACACAGACCAGGACGGCUGGAUCCAGGUUUCCUACGAGCAGUAUCUCUCAAUGGUCUUCAACAUUGUAUAGCACAACCUGACCACAAACACCAGUGCCAAACCAGAAAUCUUUCACUUUCUACUGGUCUUCCACCAGUGACACCAUACACACCUCACUGAAGGUUUACGGGACAGGAGAUUUAGUCUUUACUUAAUGGAUCUUUUUGUCUGCCCUUCUGUCUGUUUUCAUCUUUCUUCAUGUUGAUAAACAUAAUGCAUCUAAAAAGAUGGUAAUACUACUCCCCCUUUUUUCCCCCACGUUAAAAAGCUUUGUAUUGUAAGCUGUGUUGUAUCAUUAAACCACAUUGUAUAUGUCAUAGUACCAUUCAGAUGCAUGCCUUCUGAUAAAUGUCAUUGUUCUUAAAGCAUGAUCUAACUUGAGUUUUCUGUUAAAGCCAUGUUUACAGUGAAGAUUUUUAACUGAGCAUUUUGAAAAUGCAGAAGAUUUUUAUUUGAGAUCACAGGAACAAGGACUUUUGUAUGGCCGUGUGCAUGGAGCUUUGCAACUGCAAAAUGUUCUAUCCAGAUAAAAAAAAAAAAAAAUACAAUAAAACAAUUUUAUCUGUUUUUUCCCUGUGGGCUCGACUUCCUUUUGGAUUUAUAGCGCAAGACAUUCCAGCUACAUGUUUAACACAUGGUUAAGUGCAUUUCACCAAAAAAACUAAAUUCUGUAUAUUGAUUGACCAAUCAUCAGCAGAUAUGUAUGUGAUAUUUUGUUUCUUUGCUAAAAUAAAUAUUUGUAAUCACUAA